AUGUCCAAUCUCACCUUCAAGUCUGAAUUUUUGCUGCUGGAAUUUUCAGAGGUCCGGGAACUGCAGAUCUUACACUUCCUUGUAUUCCUGGUGUUGUACUUGGCCACCAUGACUGGGAAUCUUCUCAUCAUUCUUGCAAUAGCCUUUGACCACCACCUGCACACCCCCAUGUACUUCUUCCUCAUGAACUUGGCCAUACUGGACAUCAGUUCAGUUUCUGUCAUCAUACCCAAAUCAAUGGCCAAUUCCAUCACAAGCAGCAGGUCAAUCUCUUACUCUGGAUGUGUUGCCCAAGUUUUCUUUUAUUUCUUAUUUGCAUCGACAGAUUUCGCCAUCCUGACUGUUAUGGCACGUGAUCGCUAUGUAGCUAUCUGUAACCCAUUACAAUAUGAGAGGAUCAUGCACAAAAGAGCUUGUGUUCAAAUGGCCUGCAGUGCAUGGAUUACUUGUUUUCUCUAUGCUGCAAUGCACACUGGUAGCACGUUUUCUAUGAGUUUCUGCUCUAAGGUUGUUAAUCAAUUCUUUUGUGAAAUCCCAUCAUUACUGAAUAUUUCCUGUUCAGACUUAUACCUAGUUGAAGUUGGACUUCUCGUAUUUGGUUGCAGCUUGUCAUUAGGCUGUUUCAUUUUCAUUUUUGUAACUUAUGUGCACAUCUUCUCUGCAGUGCUUAAAAUCCCUUCAGUGCAUGGCCAGAGAAAGGCCCUUUCUACUUGCAUUCCCCACCUCACUGUCGUCUGUCUGUUUGAGUCCACUGCAGUCUUAGCUUAUACAAGGUCUCCAACUAAUUCUUCAUCUGGCCAAGACCUAGUCAUUGCUAUUAUAUAUUCCAUGGUUCCACCCUUAAUGAAUCCAGUGGUCUACAGCAUGAGAAACAAGAACAUCAAGGUUGCCCUAUGGAAACUGCUGGCUAUCAGGCACACUUCAGAUAGUAUUUCCAGAAUUGUUCUGUGA